AUGUCAACAGUAGUACAACCUCGUAUAUCAACAAAUAAAAGAAAAAAAAUUUCUUCACCUUCUCAUCUAUCAUUAUUGAGCAAGUCACAAACUUCUACAUCAUCAAUCAGAAAACCUAUUGAUCCAUUCGAGCAACGUCUGAAUCAUAUUCGUAUUCAUCUUUUAAAUAAUAAAAUACAACGAAAAAUUACAUAUCAUGAACCAACACUUAUUUUCGACAAAUUUCUUUAUUUAGGUGGUCUUAAAUCACUACGUGAUAAAAAUCGUCUCGUACAUUUAAAUAUAACUCAUAUUCUAUCAGUUCUUUGGAUUCGCCCACACAAAGGUUCUAUUCCUUCGAAUGUUAAACAUCUUUUUAUAAAAGCUGAAGAUACAUUUUCAUUUAAUAUGUCACCAUAUUUCGAACAAGCCUGUCAAUUUAUUGAAGACGCUCGACAAUCCAAUGGUCGUAUACUUGUUCAUUGUGUAUGUGGAGUAUCUCGUUCAACAACAUUAUGUUGUGCAUAUUUAAUAAAAAAUCAUUUAAUGUCAAUUGAACAAGCAUUAACGGAAAUUCGUUCACAUCGUCCUAUUGUACAACCAAAUCCUAGUUUUCUUCGUCAAUUAAUUCGUUUUAAUGAACAAAUUGAAUGUGAUAAAGCAAUGAUUAAUACAAUUGUAGAACAAUUGGAAAAUGUUUAA